AUGGCUCCUGGACUUGUUGUUGGAUUAAACAAGGGCAAGGCUUUGACCAAGCGUCAAUUGCCUGAGCGUCCUUCUCGUCGUAAAGGUCAACAAUCUAAGCGUACCACUUUCGUUCGCUCCAUCGUCCGUGAGGUUGCUGGAUUUGCUCCUUAUGAGCGCCGUGUUAUGGAGUUAAUCCGUAACUCUCAAGACAAGCGUGCUCGUAAGCUUGCGAAGAAGAGGCUCGGUACUUUGAAGCGUGCUAAGGGCAAGAUCGAAGAGCUUACUGGCGUUAUCCAGAGCUCUCGUUUGGCUCACUAA